CGGAUAUUACAAAGAAAACUAUUGACUCUUCCUAAGUUGUAGCCUGAAAUCUCUUCCCAAGUCAAACAAGUAAGAAACAAAUAUUUUUUUCCAUAAAAAAAAUCUGAAUCUUUUUUCUUUAUUAUCAAGUUUAUUCUGUCUUUAUUGCCAUUGGUCCAUUGUAUCAAACUCGAUUCUUUCAAUAAAUUAUUUAGUACCCAUUUGGUCAAAGCAGGCCAGGAAUCACGUGCCCUUCUUAGUUUUUGUAACAGAAGUUUGUUUCUUAGGGAAAUAGAUAAGAUAAUAAUUUAUAUAAAUAGGAGAAUUAUGUAAAGGAAUAAAUACAUAGUAGAUACAAGAAAGUUGUGUUUGGGUUGUGAGAAUCUUGGGAUUCUCCAAAAUGGCUGGUUGUUUGUUUGGUGUUGUGUUGAGCUGUGUUUGGUUGAUUUUGGUUCGAGUUGAGGCAUACCCAGCUGAGGAUCUGGUGGUGGGAUUACCAGGACAACCCAAAGUUGGGUUUAGGCAAUAUGCAGGGUAUGUUGAUGUUGAUGUCAAAGCUGGCCGGAGCUUGUUUUAUUACUUUGUUGAAGCAGAUAAGGUGCCUGACAAAAAACCCCUUACAGUGUGGCUCAAUGGAGGUCCUGGUUGUUCCUCUAUUGGUGGAGGUGCAUUUACAGAAUUGGGUCCAUUCUAUCCCAUAGGCAAUGGCCGGGGCCUUCGCAGAAAUUCGAUGUCAUGGAACAGAGCAUCAAAUCUCCUCUUUAUUGAGUCUCCUGCUGGUGUGGGAUGGUCAUACUCCAACACCACUUCAGAUUAUAAUGCGGGCGAUGCUUCCACUGCCAAUGACAUGCGUGUAUUCUUCUUGAAAUGGUUCGAGAAAUUCCCGUCUUUCAGAUCUAGAGAUUUGUUUCUUACUGGAGAAAGCUAUGCAGGGCACUAUAUACCACAAUUAGCUAUUGCUUUAUUGGAUUACAAUGAACAUUCAACUGGUUUCAAGUUCAAUAUAAAAGGAAUUGCUAUUGGGAAUCCUCUACUCAAACUUGAUCGGGAUGCUCCAGCUACAUAUGAAUUCUUUUGGUCACAUGGAAUGAUUUCUGACGAAGUCGGUCUUACCAUCAUGAACGAAUGUGAUUUUGAUGAUUAUGUCUUUGCAAGUCCCCACAAUAUAACACAGUCUUGCAACACAGCCUUAUCUGAAGCCAAUGACAUAGUUGGUAAUUACAUAAACAACUAUGACGUGAUCCUUGAUGUUUGUUAUCCAUCGAUCGUCCAGCAAGAGCUGAGAUUGCGAAAAAUGGCUACUAAGAUAAGCGUCGGUGUUGAUGUGUGCAUGACUUUCGAAAGGCGUUUCUAUUUCAACCUUCCCGAGGUUCAGAAAGCUCUUCAUGCCAACCGAACAAAUUUACCUUACAGCUGGUCCAUGUGUAGUGGAGUUUUAAAUUACAGUGACACAGAUGGUAACAUAAACAUCCUACCAUUGCUCAAAAGAAUAGUUCAAAAUCACAUUCCAGUUUGGGUUUUCAGUGGGGACCAAGAUUCCGUGGUGCCUUUACUAGGUUCACGAACCCUCAUUCGUGAACUAGCGCACGAUCUAAAUUUCAAGAUUACAGUCCCAUAUGGAGCUUGGUUUCACAAAGGCCAGGUUGGAGGCUGGGCUACUGAGUAUGGAAAUCUGCUGACUUUUGCCACGGUAAGAGGGGCUGCUCAUAUGGUGCCAUAUGCGCAGCCUUCAAGAGCAUUGCAUCUGUUCAGCUCGUUCGUUCGUGGCCGAAGGCUGCCAAACAAUACUCGUCCUUCCAUUGAUGAUUGAGAAGAUUUUAGAGAGCUGCUAUUGAGUGGAAGAUCAGUAGCUUUUCUUUUUCUUUUUAAUUGAAGGAUAUCGAAAUUUGCUUUCAUAGAGGCAAUAACGAAAGAUGAUAUAGUGAUUGAUUAGUUUUCAUGGAAUAUUUAAAAAGAAAGAAAGAAAGGGGAAACAAUUGAUUGUAUUUUGCAAAAUUGUUAAAAUGUGAUUGAGAAUUUUCUACAUUCCUUCCUUGUGUUGUUGGACAGAAUUAGUAAAAGGUUCAUCAUUAACUCU